AUGUGUGGAAUUUGCUGUGUGGUCAGCUUGUCUGUAAAUCCCCCUGAAGGUUGUUUCAUGAAAGAGGGUAUUCUGUGUAAUCUUAGAAGAAGAGGGCCUAAUAGUAGCCAACAACUGGUAAAGACGGUGCUCCAUUUUCCAUAUCAAUGCUUAUUUUCUGGCCAUGUGCUUCACUUAAGGGGGCAAUUGACUCCACAGCCUGUGGAAGAUCCUGCUAGUGGUAAUGUUUUUCUUUGGAAUGGAGAAAUAUUCAGUGGAAUUCCUGUAGAGAAUGAAGAGAAUGACACUCAAGUUGUUUUUCGUCAACUUUGCUCAUGCAGUAGCGAAUCAGAUGUUUUGUCAGUGUUAUCUACCAUUCAAGGUCCAUGGUCUUUUAUUUUUUAUCAGGCAUCAAGGCAUUACUUGUGGUUUGGCAGAGACUUCUUUGGCCGCCGCAGUCUGCUGUGGCACUUUAAUAAAGAGAGAGACAAAGUUCUCAUUCUCAGUUCUGUAAGUACUGUCUCUGGUUAUCAGUGGUGGGAAGUUCCAGCAUUGGGAAUCUUCAGAUUGGAUCUCCAGGUCUCUGCUGCAUCUGAAGCUGUGACUUUAAUACUGCAUCCUUGGAAAUAUCCUUCCAGAGAGAACGCCAUAGAAGCAGCAGCCAUUGGUGACUUAAAUAUGGUUUCCAAAUGUUUGCCAAGUCAUGUGUCUCUUGUAAUGAAUGAAUCCCACACAUUGGUAGCGCCUAUCGUUCCAUUAAAUAAGGAGAUUGUUGACACACAGGAGUGGUCCCAGUUCUUUGAUUUUACCAAAAAUGUAGCUGAUGUGGGAGUUCUUCAAAUGAUUCUUGCAGAACAGCAUAAGAAGAAAGUGGUUCACCAGUUUAUUGAUGUGUUGAGUAGAGCAGUCAAGAAACGAGUUUUAUGUUUGGUUAGAGAGGGUGAUCAGUUAAGAGGAGAAAUGUGGGGGGCAGCUGUGAGGAAACCACAUGUUGCAGUACUUUUUUCUGGUGGCAUUGAUUCCAUUCUCCUAGCAACCCUCACUGAUAGACAUGUGCCUUCAGAGGAAUCCAUUGAUCUUCUCAAUGUGGCCUUCAAGAUAACGGAUCAAGGAAGACAAAACAGUUCAACUAAGAAGCACAGCAAGGAAAAGAAACAGGUGCCACCUAGUCAGGAAUGCUUUAAUGAUGCCAAUAUUUUGACUGAUGGCUCUUUGUCAUAUUUUAAUGUGCCUGACAGAAUUACAGGCAGGGCAGGUCUGGAAGAACUAAAAACCAUCAGUCCUUCCAGAUCAUGGAAUUUUGUGGAAAUCAAUGUUACCCUUGAGGAGUUAAAAGCAAUGAGGCAACAACACAUAAGUCAUUUAGUUUAUCCCUUGGACACUGUUUUGGAUGAUAGCAUUGGCUGUGCUGUGUGGUUUGCUUCUAGAGGAGAAGGUCUGAUUACCAUCCAGGGAGAUACCAGACCAUAUAAAAGUCUUGCAAAGAUUGUACUUACAGGAAUUGGAGCAGAUGAGCAGCUUGCAGGCUAUUCCAGGCACCGUGCUUGCUUUAAAAAACAUGGUUUGAAGGGUUUGAAUGAAGAACUGGAAAUGGAACUGGGCCGAAUUGCUUCUAGAAAUCUUGGCCGGGAUGAUAGAGUAAUUGGAGAUCAUGGCAAAGAAGCUAGAUUUCCAUUUCUUGAUGAAGAGGUUGUAUCAUUUCUUAAUUCUCUUCCUAUUUGGGAAAAAGCCAACUUGGCUCUACCUCGAGGCAUCGGGGAGAAAUUGCUUCUGCGCCUGGCAGCUGCUGAGCUUGGCCUGACAGCCUCAUCAGUCCUACCAAAGAGGGCCAUGCAGUUUGGUUCCAGGAUUGCAAAAAUGGAAAACAGCAAUGAAAAGGCAUCUGACAAAUGCACAAGACUCCAGUCAUUUUCAGUGGACUAGUUACCGGGUUAAAGGCUGCCUUUUAAAACUUAAUUACAUGGUGGUCACAAUACAGGAAACAUCAGACACAACUAAGGCAGUCAUUCAACGCACUUAAUUGGGAGUCACCCCAAUGGAAUCAGCAGUGGGACUUACUUUUGAGUUAAAAUGCAUGGGGUCAGUACUGCACAUCCCACUGAAAGCAAAGAUAACUCUAAAUUCUAUUGAUUUGAGUGGAACUUUGUUGUGACUGGCUAGUUGGAUGGUCCCUAGUUUGUUCUAAAAGAUGGUUCUGUGUCAUGAACAUGAAACAAAAUAAAUGUACAGAAGACUUCAGAGGAAUGUAUAUCAGAGCAGACACUAUCCUUUAUUAGAUUCCACAAAGGGAACCAGCAAGUAGUUGAAACAUUGUUAAGAGCUGUUUUCCUAAGAAAUGGGCAUCUGUUGGGGAUUCAUAGAAAAUAGCUGUACCUACUUUGGGUAGUGAAAUGGUAGCUAAGCAUGAGUUAAACCACUGCAGUUCCUGAAUUUACACCUUACCUUUCAAGCCAGUUGUGCUGCAAGAUCACUUUCUGAAUCAGGGCCAGGUUUAGUGGUAGGUCAGCUGGGCAGUCAUCCAGGGCACUGAGCUGAGGGGAGUGUCCAGCUAAGCUCAGUAGCUGUGGGUUUUUUAAUGUACUGUCUGCAGUUUGUUCAGGUGGCAAAAAGCAAGUGUCUGUAAUCUUUUUUUCAAGGUUCUACAGGUUGCUUUGGUGCUAACUACAAAAAUUUAUUUAUAUAAUAUUUAUACCCCGCCCUACUUCCGGAGAACUCAGGGCGGCUUACAAUUAAGAACCAUAAACAAUUAAAACAGUAAUCAUACAGAUUAAGACGUUUAAAAUUAUUAAAAAUCAAGAGAAAAUAAAAA